AUGGAAGUGUCAGCUCUGUUUCGGUUCCUUCUCAUGCUUGCCAGCAUUUCCUUGGCUGUUCUCUCGCAGGAAAUGGUCGGUGAAGUGAGACUGAGUUUCUACUUUGAAAGUCAAGACGGAAGGCUGCUGCAUGGACAGACCUGCGACCCGUGGCCGUACACGAAAUGUGACGUUUACCUAACUGUUUGUAUUUCAAGUCAGGGUAAUGGGUCCUGUGAUGUGUAUUUCCAUCGGACGGGGUUGUGGGAGAACGCGAAUGUCGGUCAAGCGGCAAUUUCAUUUCCCCUUAAAAGUCCUGUUCCUAAAAUCCUGGACGUAGCUGUCGAGGUGUGGGACGAGGACACCUCGAAAAGUCCCGAUCGAAUAGCCAAGUUUAGAGGCAACCUCGUCGUCGCCGAAAUGCAGAACACUCCAAGCGCUUUCCACAUGGCUCGAGAGGAGAUUGUUUUUGCUAACAAGGCUAGACUUGAGAGCUACGGCCACAUCAUUUGUGCGCGCUUCUACUACGGCGGUGAUUGCAGUCGGAGGUGCAUACCCGACCCAGAACGCUACGCCUGCGAUGCUAACGGCUAUAAAAAGUGCAGACGAGGUGCUGAAAUUUCGAUCGUUCCAUUCUUCUUUCACACAGGGCCAGAAUGUCAUCGGGGUUACAACCCAUGUGCGCCAGAAUAUAAUACCUGCUCAAGCCAUGGGACAUGCUCUCCAGCUGGAGAUUACAAUGUUUCCUUCCAAUGCACUUGCGAUUCCGAAUGGCGUGGUAUCCGGUGCGAUCAACGUGUGCCUCCCUGUUUGGUCGCCAUGUUGACCAACCGAACACUUUGUCAGAACGGAGGGAAGUGUAGAGACUUAUCCGGAAACGAUGGCACCUACAUCUGUGACUGUCCGUCAGGUUGGUGGGGAAGGCAUUGCGAGAAAAAGACUGCAGUUGUCUACGUGAGUUUUACAAAUAUUUUGCUAUCACCAACUCCAUUCAAUUUUGAAUGUUUGUAUGCAAUCAUCGAUCGUAGAUAA